ACACCGGCAAAAACAAGUUAUCGAUGACGCAGCGAUUGCAGAUUGUCAAGGAGGUCCAGGGGGGUGCUACGAGGAGCAUGGUUGCUGCAAAGCGGAACGUCGGUACUUCGUACAUCGGCAAGUUGAUGAUGCCGGAGAAAGUCGCUGAGCUUGAGAAAGUCCGCGACAUGGAGCUCAACCAGGACGCCCUUCGCGCCCCGAAGCCGGUACACGACGAAGUGGAAGAGAAAUUACGCAAGUGGAUCAAGAUCGCACGAGCACGCUUUAACGCAACCAAGAUUGGCGUGAGUGGUUCGAUGAUCCAGGCCCAGGCCUUGGAGAUCGCGGCGCAGAUGGGUAAGACCAACUUCAGGGCGACCAAAGGCUGGCUACAUCGCUUCCUGAAACGCUACAGCUUCACUCGCGUUCAAUUGCACGGAGAAGCUGGCGACGUGGACAAGCAGAAGGUGGCAGAGGAGAUCGAGAGGAUUCGUGAGCAGCUGCAGGAGUUCGACGUCGAGUUCAUUUUUAACAUGGACGAGACGGGACUUUUCUUCCGCUGCUUCCCGAAAGGUACAUACGUCACGAGGGGGGAGGCCGCCGCCGGCGUCAACAGCAAAACCGCGCGGGGUUCGCAGGCCAUGAAAGCCAAGGAUCGGUGCACGGUGGUCGCCUGCUGCAAUACGACCGGGUCUCUGAUGGUGCCGUUGGCCGUCAUCAGCACGUUGAAGAAACCGAUGGUUUUCCGCCACGGCCGCAAACCGCCAUGUCCCUAAUUCGCCCAGGAGAGUGCCUGGCUCGACGCAGCCAUUUGCCAGCGGUGGUUUGACGAAGUCUUUGUCCCCUUCGUCAAUGGCAAGACCUUCAAGAAGGUGGCCCUCUUGUGGACAACUGCCCCGGCCACAAGAUCAAAAGCAACGACCCGCAGAUCGUCAUCAUC